AGGCUGGAACGCACAGACAGGAAGUUUGGGGUCAUGAACGAGUCGGGUGUGUAACAUCUGGCGGGACAUCUCAGGUCAGCCUCCCAGAACCAGAGGACUUUCUCAAAGUUUUCAAGAUGGAAAAGGACAGACGACACAUAACUGAGAACAUCUUGGAUCUCACCCUGGAGAUCAUCUAUCUGCUGACUGGGGAGGCUUACACAAUGGUGGAUAAAACAUCAAGUGAGCAUGGGACAACAAGCAGCCGCCCCUGUGUGUACAGACAACUAAGCAGGACCCAGAACCCCAUGACGGUGCCUCUACCUCACUCACUGAUACAUGAGAGACACAAUGACCAGAAGAUCCUGGAACUCACCCGCAAGAUCAUUCAGCUGCUCACUGGACAGGAGUGGGAUUAUAUAGAGGAACACAGGGGUCUGUACAAGGACGUGAUGAUGGAGAAUCACCCGCCCCUCACAUCACUGGAUGGGGCCAUUAGCAGGAAUACCCCAGAGAGAUGUCCAUGUCCUCUUUAUUCCCAGGAUCAUACAGAGGAGAAUCACAGUGUCCCACAGGAGCAUCAGGGAAAAGUCUGGAAUAAUUGUAAAAUUGAAGAUAUACAGGGAGGAGAAGAAGAGAUGUAUGUGCCUAAUAUAAAAACAGAAUAUAUAGAAGAAGAAGAAGAGGUGUUUGUGACUGACAUAAAGGCAGAAGAUACAGAGGAAGAAGAGACAUAUGUGACUGAUAUGAAGGCAGAAGAUACAGAGGGAGAAGAAGAGAUGUAUGUGAUGGGUGAUCAGCAGUGUAAGGUGGAGGAAGUCCCUACAGAUAUCAGCACAGCAGAUGGAUGCAGAAGCAGGAAUACCUCGGAGGGACGUCUCCUUUUGUGCUCAGAUUAUAAAACAGAAGAUAACAUCGUACAAGAUUCUCCAGGACAAAACCCUGUUACACUAAAUAUACCUCCAGUGUUGGACAGUGAAUAUAUGUCGCCUAAUAAUAAAAUAUAUCCGGCUGAUAAGUUAGAUGAUGCUACACAUAGAAGAAGCCCUGCACGUGCUACAAUGUUCCCCUGUUCUGAGUGUGGUAAAUGUUUCUUAUAUCGGUCAAGCUUUGUUAGACAUCAGAGAACUCACACAGGUUGGAAACCAUUUCCUUGUUGUGAAUGUGGGAAAAGUUUUGCCUGUAAGUCACAGCUUGCUGUACAUCUUAGAGUUCACACAGGUGAAAAACCAUUUUCUUGUUCUGAGUGUGGGAAAUGUUUUGCUGAAAAAUCAAGGGUUAUUGAACAUCAGAGAACUCACACAGGUGAGAAACCAUUUUCAUGUUCUGAGUGUGGGAAAUGUUUUACACUGAAACCAGAUCUUGUUAAACAUAUGAGAACUCACACAGGUGAGAAGCCUUUUUCAUGCUCUCAGUGUGGGAAAUGUUUUACACAGAAACCAGAUCUUGCUAAACAUCAUAGAACUCACACAGGUGAGAAACCAUUUCCGUGUUCUGAGUGUGGGAGAUGUUUUACAGAGAAAUCAUCUCUUCUCAGACAUCAGAGAACUCACACAGGUGAGAAGCCAUUUCCAUGUUCUGAUUGUGGGAAAUGUUUUGUACAGAAGUCAGAUCUUGUUACACACCAGGUAAGUCACACAGGUGAAAAACCAUUUUCUUGUUCUGAGUGUGGAAAAUGUUUUACACAGAAAUACGCUCUUGUUGCACAUCAGAGAAAGCACACAGGUGAGAAACUGUUGUAUUGUUCUGAGUGUAGCAAAUUUUUUGCUGAAAAAUCAAAGCUACUUGAACAUCAGAGAACUCACACAGGUGUGAAACCAUUUUCAUGCUCUCAGUGUGGGAAAUGUUUUGCAAAUAAAUCAGAUCUUGUUAAACAUCAGAGAACUCACACAGGUGAGAAGCCUUUCUCAUGUUCUCAGUGUGGGAAAUGUUUUGCACAGAAAUGUACUCUUGUUACACAUCAGAGAACUCACACAGGUGAGAAGCCAUUUCCAUGUUCUGAUUGUGGGAAAUGUUUUGUAUAUAAGUCAGAUCUUGUCAGACAUCAGAGAAGUCACACAGGUGAGAAACCGUUUCCAUGUUCCUAUUGUGCAAAAUGUUUUAUAGAGAAAUCGGAUCUUGUCAGACACCAGAGAAGUCACACAGGUGAGAAGUCUUUUUGAUGUUCUGAGUGUGGGAAAUGUUUUAAGCGGAAAACAUCUCUUGUUGUACAUCAGAAAAUACACGCAGGAAAAGUAUUUAAAAAAAUUACCAUGAGGCGAUAGACAAAAUAGGGUUUCACUAAAUAAUCUAUAUGUUGUAAAAUAUGUUGACAUUAUUCAAGUAAUUAAUAAAAAGUUGGUGUAUACACAUUUA